AUGAUCGUAAUUUCCACCAUGGUACGAAUAGUAGUUUUUUUGUGUGUCGUUCAGAUGGUGUUGGCAAGGGGGAAGCCGAUCAACAUCUUCGAGCAGAAAGCUGGAGAAGACAUUGCAGAGCCGAGAGAUGAACGAGUCAAAAUGUUCAACGCUCCCUACAGAAACGCGUUUAAUUUAUGGAAUGUGAAAGAUUCAGAUGGAAAUGUUGUCAUACCGUACAGAAUUAAAGGACAUUUCGAAAGAACAUCGGAAAGAGAAAAUAUCAGUACAGCCAUGAAACGCAUAGAGGACAAUACAUGCAUUCGCUUCAGAAAAAGAACAAAUGAAAGGGAUUUUAUUGAGAUUCACAAUAAAUUUGGAGAAGGAUGCUAUGCGAAUGUUGGUCGUUACAAAGGGAAAAGCGUAGUAAUGUUGGAAUCCAACGAUAAUAAUACAUGUGUACGUAUUGAAAUUGUACUACAUGAACUGAUACAUGUGAUAGGACUAUGGCACGAACACCAGCGCCACGAUCGCGACAAAUACGUCAAAGUACACUACAAGAACGUCGAUAAGAGAUACUUGGAUGCGUUCUACAAAGUAUACGGUACUUCGUACAAUCUACCAUAUGACUACAAGUCGAUCAUGCAUUAUGGCAAAUCGCGGCAUGCGAAACUAGGAAAAAUUAGCUUGGAAACGCUCGACCCUCAAUACCAGGAUGAGAUUGGGAAUCAAACGGAUGCUUCUUCCAUUGAUUACCUCAAAAUAUGUGCAGCAUACCGAUGUAAGAGGUGUUUGAGCAAGAAAAUCUACAGUGUUAUCAACGUUGGCGACAACGGUGGCGAAUAUGGUGGAUAG